AUGCCGAAGGCGAGACGCGCCCUGGGCGCUUUGGGGACGACCUUCCUGGCCGGACCAUCCGCCUCAUCCGUCUCACCCGCCCGCGCCUCUCCCGCCCUCCGGGGCCGGGCGGGAGAAGCGCAAGCGCCAGCCGGUGCCGCCGCAUGGCUGGCACCGGCUGCCGCCACGGCAGUGCUGGCGGCCGCGGCGCAGCGCACGGCGCGGAAAGCGACGGCGACCAACGAGGAGCCUGUCUUCGACCCGAGGAAGGAAGCAGGCAUCACCCUGCCCAUGAUGUACUUCGACCCCUUGGGUUUUGCCAAGGAAGGCGACCGGGAAGGCUUCUACCAGCUCCGAGCAGCCGAGCUCAAGCACGGCCGGGUGGCGAUGAUCGCGUCCCUGGGCUGCGUGAUCCAGCACUGGUUCCGCUUCCCAGGCUUCGAGGGCGUGCCGGCGGGCAUCCAGGCGGUCAUCACCCCACCAGGUACUUUCGGCUUGGUCGGCAUCAUUGCCUUGGCGGGAGGUUUGGAGCUGACGAUCUUCAAGCAGGACCCGGAGAAGGAUCCAGGUGACUUCGGGGACCCGGCGGGCUUCGGGCAGUACUACACCGAGUGGAAGGACCGGGAGCUCAACAACUGCCGCCUGGGCAUGAUCUCCUUCCUGGGCAUAGUGCUGGCGGAGUUGGCGACAGGCAAGGACGGGGUGGACCAGAUCUGGCGCAAGGCACGGCCGAGUGCUGGCCAGUUCUCGCCGCGGAGACACUGCUUUGAGAAUCCCAAGGGCACCCAGAUGCAGCUGUUGAUUGCUCCAGCAAAAGUGCGGCCCAAGUACCAGGUGCUGGGCGGCAAGGAGAGCCCAUCGGCCGCAGACAUCAAGAGCAUCCUGGAGGCUGGCGGCAUCAGCUAUGAGGACGCCCUCAUCGACAAGCUGGUCUCCCGCAUGGAUGGCAAGAAGGACCAGUGCCAGGCCCACGAGAUGAUCACUGCUGGCAUCGGCAAGUUUGCCGCCUGCGGCGGCGGCGGCGGCGGCGGUGGCGGGGGUGCAGCCGCCGCGGGCGGCGGCGGUGGCGGCGGCGGCGCUGCCCCAGCGGAGGAGAAGAAGAAGGUGGAGGAAGAGGAAGAGGAAGAGGAGAUGGACUUUGACCUUUUCGGCUGA